GUAGCCACCAGCCCAUCUGUCAUUGAGGGCUGUUCUGGAGAAGGGGAAUGGAAGAGUGUCUCCCCGGACCUUUGGCCCUCCCUGCGUGGGCACCGAGAGUGCUCAGGGACGCUGAGAGGACGGCAGGGGACCUGCUGAAGUUGCAGACUGGAAUGGCUGGGUUGUAGCCCACGUCCUCCACAUGGCUUCCAAGUGUUCUAUGGAAAGGCUCCCACUUUACAGCCCCUUGGCCGCGGCGUCUUACCACACAGUGAUGCCCAGCUUUGAAAAACUGGUGCGGGAUGGACAAGAAGGACAAGGCCAAGGCCGGGGCCGCCGUGCGGACGCCGGCUGCUCGCCCUCCCGGCCUCGCGACCCCCAAACCCCCAGGGUCUCCUCGACCACCUCCCCCAGUAACGCCCGCAGCCCUUCGAGUUCUGGGAGCAACGGGAGCCAUGGGAAGAAGGCCCCUGGCGGAGCGAGCCGGGGGUGUCAGCGGAGUCGCUCUUCCGGAGACUGCAGUCCGAGUGGGACCCACUCGGAGCGCUGGGGCAGGUCCGCGGAGCCCAGCCUCCAGGCCCCCAGCGGCUGGGAGAGGAGAGCGGGCCUCUGCCAAGACCCCCAGCCAGGGUUCUAUCUCUAGCCCCGGGCGUGCCAGCGGGACCAUCAGGUCAGGCCCUGUUGGACAGAAGGGACCCAGGCCCCCAGCUGAGGAAACUGUGGCUAGAGGAAAAACCCCAGAGGCACCCAAAAAGAGUGUCCUGAGCUCUGGAGCACGAAAGGACUCUUCAGGGCCCACCUCAGGAGCCUCCUCCCCAGCCAUCGCCCGGAGAUCCAAGGCUAUGGGCACAGAAGUGGGACUCCCCAGACCAGCUGCGAGUGCCCGUCCGCGUCCCCCAACUGAGGUGCCCAGGAAAUCAGUGAGCAGUGCCACAGAACACAGUGCCACGGAGCCCAGCCCAGCUGCCAGGAGGCGGCUAAGUGCUGGCGGGGGCCUCCAGAAGCCUGCCUCUCGUCCCCUGGGCUGCAGUGCAGUGUCCCCUGGGCUGUCCUCCCCAGCCCGUUCUGGGGCUUUGGCCCGUGGAACAUCCCGAGCUCCUGCACAUACCUCGCAGCCCAAGUCCAAAGGGCUGCACACUCUACGCCCUCUGCAGGCCACAUCUGCAAGAAAGGACACAGCCUCAAUGCAGGGCCAGGGAUCUCCUCCUCCUGUGGCCACGUCCUCGCCAUCAGGUUCCACAUCACAACAGCCUCCACCUCCACAAGUCUCCGGGACUCCCCUGCUGGCCACACUCCCUCCCUCUCCACCAACCACACCACCUCCACCUGCAUUGCUGGAUCUUCCCACCCCAUCCUCCCCACAGACCACGCCCCAUUCACACACACUAACCAGCCCAUUGGCCACGCCCCCUUCGCUAGCAACAGUUGCUCCACUCUCUUUGCAGACUCUCCCCUCUCCACCUGCCACGCCUCCUCUGCAAGCUCCACCCCCACACAGCGGUAUAGCCUUUCCUCAAGAGGCCCCCGUCUGUCCCCUGCCCAUGGUUACAUCAGUUUCACCGCCCCUGCAGAAUAUGCUUUCCACCCAGGCUUCGUCUUGGUCUGCUCUUCAGACUCCCUUGGCCACACCUCCGUCGUCCGCUCCUCAGCCUUUAGCCACCGCCCCUCCACAAGCCCCUCUUUCUCCCCCAGCAUCUCCACAGAAUGCCCCCUCUCUGCCAGCCCUUCCUACUCUGACUAUGCCCCCUCCCCCGGUCAGUCCUGUCUUGUCUCUGCCCCCUCUUCAGGCCAACCUCUCACAAGACCCUUCUCUUCCGGUCACUUCCCCUCUGCCAGAUGCUCCCCUAGGUUCCCCUUCUCUGUCGGCCUCCCUGCCUCUGCAGUCCCCUUCCUUCUCCCUGGGUACACCCCCUGUGCAGGCCCCAUCUUCUCUGAUCACGCCCCCUUUACAGCCCACUCCCUCUCUCCUGACCCUGCCCCCCAUACAGGCCUCAACUUCUCCGGCCUCACCGCAGUCCACUUCUCCUUUGGCUUCUUCCUUUCCGCAGGCCUCACUUUCCGUGGGCUCACCUUUUCCGCAGACCACACCUUCUUUCCUGCCCAUUUCCCCGAUAGAAACCCAACCUUCUCUAACUUUGCCCCCUCUGCAGGCUUCUUCUUCUCCCCCUGCCACAUACCCUUUGCCCCUUCCCUCUCCUGCCUCCCCGCCUCAGCAGGCUCUUCUCUCUCCUCUGGCCUCACCUCCUCCGCAGGUCCCUCUGUCUCUUUCCGCCUCGCCAGCUCCACAGGUACCACCUCUGGACCCUCCCGGUCCCUCUCCUUCGGCCUUGCCCAUUCUGCAGGUGCCUCCCACAACCCCACCCCCUCAACAGGCCCCACUUUCUCGGGUCUUGUCCCCUCUUCAGGCCCCGCCCUCUCCCUUGACCACGCCUCCCUCGCAGGCUCCGCCCUCACUGUCCUCACCCAUUCUGCAGGCCCCUGCCUCGUCCCCUCCGCAGGUUCCACGCCGCCCCCCGACCCCAGGUCCAGAUGCUUCCAUCUCGGGUCCACGGCUGACCCUGGCGCUGGCCCCCGUCGCGCCGCCGCCACCCUCGCGUAGCCCGUCCAGUACAUUGAGCGGACCGGACCUGGCCGGCCACAGUAGCAGCGCCACAAGCACGCCCGAGGAGCUGCGCGGUUACGACAGCGGGCCCGAGGGCGGCGCCGCAGCCUCCCCACCUGCAGACGCGGAGCUCGCAGCCUGCCACCCGGCCGCAUGGAGCCGAAGUUCCGCUCCACCACUGGCAAUCCGCGGCGCUCCAGGAUCGGCCCUGCAAUGGCCUCCGGUUGCCGGGCCGGGCUCAGCUGACGGUCUGUGCACCAUCUACGAGGCGGAAGGGCCCGAGUCGGCGACUCCUACACCGGGCGCACUGGACCAGGGGCCCGAGUCCGGCGCUGGCGGCGGGAAGGCUGAGACCGGAGCCGGGACGGGGGUGUCCUCCCGGAGCCCGAAGCUUGCGCGCCUGGGCGAGCUGCCGCUGGGGGCGCUGCAGGCGAGCGUCGUGCAGCACCUGCUGAGCCGGACGCUGCUGCUGGCGGCGGCUGAGGGUACGGCGGGAGGCAGCGGCGGUGGUCCAGGGGGUGCGGGAGGCGGUGGCGUCACUGGGAGCUCCCGAGCUCCGCUCAGCGACGCCGAACUGGGCCGCUGGGCCGAACUGCUGUCUCCUUUGGACGAAUCCCGUGCCAGCAUCACUUCGGUCACCAGCUUCUCUCCAGAUGACGUGGCCUCCCCACAGGGUGACUGGACUGUUGUGGAAGUGGAGACUUUCCACUAAGCCAGACGCCAGCCCCGCCUACCAUGCCCACCCCUGCUUUAGGGUCCGCCCCUCUGGUUACACCUCUUUGUCUUAGACACCGCCCCCACUGCCCUGGAGUCCCUCUGUCGUUAGAUUGGUUUCAGCCCCUAGAGCGUUAGUCGUUGGGACCAAGCUCCACCCCUACCUUUGGCUUAGGCUCGGGACCCACCCACACCCUUGGCCUGGGAUGUCCCUUCGAGCACCGCCCCUUUGACCUAAGACACGCCCCAGACCUCCAUGAGUCCCGCCUUACUCCCUCCGUCUAAUCCUCGCCUCUGGUCCUGUGCAUCGUUCACCCGGCGCAGCCCGCGUUUGCAAUAAAACCGGGACAUUGGAGUUCGUGCGCCCUCGCUCUCGCCGCGGGGCCGGGACUUGGGGGCCUCUGCGGAACCAGGGGCAGCUGACCAGCGCGAGGGGUUCUGGCGUGUGGGAGUUCUGGCGGAACUGCUGCUUUCGCCUGGGGGAAAGAAGGAGCAGAAGAGGUGGGGCUGUCACAGAGUUCUGCGGAGCCCUGGUCGCCCCCCCGCCAUGCCCACCCAAGUGCAUGAACUUGCAGUUCUUCAAGUCUUACUUCUAGUGGAAAC